AUGUCGUCGACUUCGCUGAGGCUACCAUCAAUGGUGCUGAUUCCCUUGGUAAUAUGUAGUCUGAUGGCAGUCUCAGAGGGUAACUUUAACGCCGACGUCGACAUUACAUUUGGUGAAGGUCGUGCUAAGAUAAUGGAUGGAGGCCAAACCCUUUCUCUUACUCUGGACAAAACUUCUGGCUCUGGCUUUAGGAGUAAGAAUGAAUUCAUCUUUGCAAGAUUUGAAGCGGAAAUGAAACUAGUGCCUGACAAUUCAGCUGGCACCGUAACCACAUUCUAUCUAACUUCACCAGAAGGACCAACUCACGAUGAGAUUGAUAUUGAGUUCUUGGGCAACACAAGUGGGGAUCCAUAUACAAUGCAUACCAAUGUGUAUGCACAGGGACAAGGCAGGAGAGAACAAGGUUUCAAUCUCUGGUUUGAUCGCACAAAGGACUUCCACAAUUACUCUAUCGUUUGGAAUCCUGAACAGAUCUUGUUCAUGGUGGAUGGAAAGCUUAUAAGGGUGCACGAGAACCUGGAAAGACUGGGAGUUCCAUUCCCAACAAAACAAGCCAUGAGGCUUUAUGCCAGUCUCUGGAAUGCUGACCAAUGGGCUACAAAAAAAGGGCUGGAGAAGACCGAUUGGACAAAGGCUCCUUUCACUGCCUACUACAGGAAUCUCAAAAUAACGCCUUAUGCAGGCGAGAAAAUAGGAUUUACUGACCAAGAAAAAAUAGAUCUUCACAGGGUGCAAGUGAAGCACAUGAUUUACAACUACUGCGACACCUAUGCCAACGAUACUGAAUGCCAGUUUGUAAGAUCAAUCCAGCCUGGAAUGGCUCCUACAACAGCACCCACUCCCAACACUACUACUGCUCAGCCGUCUCCAAACACUACUCAACCUGCUCCAAACACCAUUCAACAGGCUCCAAACGGGUCAAACAUUGACCCAACGGCAUGGGAAGAUAAGAAGUGCAGAGGAGAAUCGAGAUUUCCAGCCCAGGCACUUGCACUAUUGGACUUGUUCAAAGAGGAGGAAAUGUAA